AUGGGGGCUUUCUCACUGGAGUUCCAACAUGAGCUGCUAAGGGAGUCAUGGGCGUUAUACGCACUCGGUAUAGUCGUUAUUGCUCUCCGCAUAUAUGCUAGGGCCAGGAAGCUCGGUCUCCGGCAUCUGGAGUUCGACGACUAUCUGAUCUUAGUGGCUGCUGUUUUCUACACACUGCUCAUCAUCACAUUAAAUCUUACGGCGCAAGGCGGUGGUACCGCUCUUGCUAUGCCACACGAAGAUGUUUCUGCACUUACAGACGACCAAGUCAAAAUCCGACAAAGAGGAGCUAAAAUUGAUCUUGUGGCUGAACAAGCCAUGCUAAAUGUCGUCUGGAUCUUGAAGGUGUGCACAUUGAAGCUGUAUAGCCGACUCACCAUGGGUCUGAGACAGCAGAUCGCGGUAAAGGUACUCGCUGUCUACGUUGCGAUUGGCUGGGUUGCAUGCCAGCUCGCAUACUUCUGCGAAUGUCGACCUUUCAGCAUGUAUUGGCAGAUCGCUCCUUCUCCGCCAUUGAACUGUAUGGUCUUUUAUGACUACGCCAUUGUUCAGGGAACAUUCAAUAUCUCAUCCGACGUUUUCAUGCUCGUCAUACCCUUUCCACUCAUCCUACAAGUUUCUAUUGGGAUGAAGCAGAAGCUUGUUCUCCUGUGCAUUUUCUCCAUGGGCAUCUUUGUCAUCAUCGCAGCCGCUCUGACCAAGGCCGAAUUCUUCCGAUCCAUCUACGCAGAAAACUACAUGUUCUGGUACACAAGAGAAGCAUCUGUAGCGGUAUAUGUUGCAAACCUGCCUUGUAUAUGGCCAUUGCUCCGCGAAGCCUUGCCAGCGCUCAAAAGUUGGACACCGGGCUUCAUCAGCAGCUCGGCCUACAAACGCAGAGGCGCCAGUACCACUGGCCUCACAGCCAACAACCGCACACGCAACACACAAAAGAGCAAUCUGGGGCUAUCACGAAGGUCAAUGGACGAUUUCCAUGCCAUCAUUGAGCCGACGCGGCCUCAAGAGGCCAAAACGACGACUGACGUUCGUACGAGGGAGAUACCACAUUAUAGCCACCACAUCCGCAGCACAAAUCGCGGCAGUAGUAGCGACUCGAGCGUUGAGGACCUGCCUAUGCAUGGUAUCAUGACCUCGACUACAAUUGAGAUGUCGGUCAUGGCGAGUGACCAUAAGGAAGACGACCGCGACGACGCAUCACAAUCUUCGACUCGUGCAUUCGCACACGCGAACGAUCUCGAGCGUGGAUUACCGCAUACACAUGUCUGA